AUGACCAUGUUUGUCCGACUCAGGAGACUUUUUCAGAGAGCCAAUGUGGAUGGGAGAGAGACAAGAGAGGGGAGGAUGGAUGCUGGCCUUCCAUGUGAGAGUAAUGAAGGACGAAGAAGGUGGACUUGGCGAAUGAGGAGUAAGCUAAAUCAAAGUUAUGAAGAACUGAAGUUAAAGCAGAAGGAGCUCAUGACAUUGCAACACAACGUGGAGAUGGCAAUCAUGAAGGUCCNAGCGAUAAAUCAGGAGAUCAAGAAGGAGAUAAAUUUCUAUCGUAACCUGCACAGCCGGCUCCUAAUGGAGAAGAAUCUUAUAAAGAAGAAGUUGGUGACAUUGCAGCAGGAGAGCAAGGAAGUACNGGCUGAAUGGGCCAGCAUUCAACAGCAUUGGAUGGACUUGAACCUGAGUGGUAAAGACGAACAGGGGAAGACCCGCAACCUGGAAACUCAAGAAUAUCAGGUCUCAGAAACUGCAAGAGAGCUGGGAUUGGCCACAGAUCAAGAAGACAGCAUCCUGCAGAAUGAGUUGCCACCCCAGGAGGCCCCUGCUGAGCACCAUCUCCAGCACCCACAAUCUUCCUCAGAUGAUUCUUCCUCAGAUGAAUCUCUUUAUAUGUCUAUUCCCACAUGUCUUGAGUGGGAAUAG